GGGUGGGAGUUUCUCUUCUUUCUUGGAGAAAAAAAUCAGCAUCCUUAUCAGCAGCACCAAACGCCAGCGAUCAGGAAGCUCCAAGAGAUAUGAUCCAGUCCUGAUGGAGUCGUCAGAGCUGUUGGAGACCAGGGCGCCCCCUGUGGCGCUGCGGCAUGUUGAGCUGGAUGUCUUGAGAUUCCUGCAACCGUCGGCGGAGGAAAACAGCACAGCAGAGCAAUGCUUCCGCUCUCACUCUCGCAACAGCGUCCUUCAGGGCCUGCCAUUUGGUGGGGUGCCCACGGUCCUCUUCAUAAAUGCGGUGCUUUGGAUGUUGUUAUUGCUCAUCUUUUCUUGUCUGAGGAAGGCUGCGUGGGACUACGGUCGUUUGGCUCUGGUUAUGGAGAAUGACAGUCUUACAUCCCUGUUUUAUGGAGAACCGAGUGAAAAAGAAAAAUCUCCCUCAGAGUCCAGCCCCUCCGACUCUGAGACAAAGGACAUGGGCUUCUGCUCGUGGCUUUCAUCUCUUUACCAUAUGAAGGAUGAGGAGAUCCGCAGUAAAUGCGGCAUCGACGCAGUCACGUACCUGUCCUUCCAGCGCCACAUAAUGCUGCUCAUGACGGUGGUUUCCCUGCUCUCCUUGGCUGUAAUCCUGCCGGUCAACUUCUCCGGGAACCUCCAGGGAAACAGUCCUGAGGACUUUGGAAGAACAACACUUGCUAAUGUUAGCGCAAAGGACAGCUUUCUUUGGCUGCACAGCGUCUUUGCUCUGGUGUACUUUAUCAUCACUGUGCUGUCCAUGGCUCACCACUCUGCAAGGCUGGAACACAGAGAUGAUGAAAAGGGUUCCAGGACGCUGAUGAUCACCUCGAUUCCCAGAGAGAUCUCAGACCCAGGACUCAUCACCAAGCACUUCCACGAGGCCUACCCCAGCUGCACAGUCACCGACAUCCGCUUCUGCUUUGAUGUUCACAAACUGAUGAAGCUGGACUUAGAGAGGCGAAAAGCAAUGAAAGGCAGGCUGUAUUUUGCAACAAAGGCCCAAAAAGAUGGGAAGGUCAUGAUCACAACCCAUCCUUGUGCUCAGAUAUUCUGUUGCGACAUAUGUGGUUUUGAAAAGGUGGAUGCAGAACAGUACUACAGCGAAUUGGAGGAGAAGUGCACAGAUGAGUUUAAUGCGGAGAAGCAGCGGAUCACCAUGAAGAGGCUGGGUAUAGCCUUUGUGACUCUCAGAGACGAGAGGAUGACGGCUGUCAUUGUGAAGGACUACAGUCGCGUGCGUUGCCGCAGCAGACCCCAGCAGUCCAGCAUCACAACUGUGGUGCAGUCACAGAGGUGGGGCAUCAGCUAUGCACCUGCUCCAAGUGACAUCAUCUGGGAAAACCUGGCUGUCUGCGGCUCUCGCUGGUGGCUGCGAUGCGUCCUCCUUAACAUCCUCCUCUUUCUGCUGCUCUUCUUCUUCACCACUCCUGCCAUCAUCGUGAACACCAUGGACAAGUUCAACGUCACACAGCCCGUGGAAAGUUUGAGGAGCCCGAUCAUCACCCAGUUCUUUCCAACCUUCCUGCUCUGGGUCUUCUCAGUACUCCUGCCUUUCAUCGUCUAUUACUCUGCCUUCUUCGAGUCCCACUGGACAAGAUCGGUUGAGAACCAAGUGACGAUGCACAAGUGUUUUUUGCUGCUGGUCUUCAUGGUGAUCAUCCUCCCCUCACUUGGUCUGUCCAGUCUUGACCUCUUCUUCACUUGGUUGUUUGACAUCAUCUUUCUGGAUGAGAAAGAGAUCAAAUUCCAGUGUGUGUUUCUUCCUGACAACGGUGCGUUCUUUGUAAAUUAUGUCAUCACAUCAAGUCUUAUCGGAACAGCUAUGGAGUUGCUUCGAAUCCCGGCGCUCACAGUGUACGCACUGCGCCUCUGCUUUGCCAAAUCCCAGGCUGAGCGGAUACACCUGAAGAGGAGUCAAGCGUACGAGUUCCAGUUUGGCCUGGAGUAUGCCUGGACAAUGUGUAUCUUUGCUGUCAGCAUGACCUACAGCAUCACGUGUCCCAUCAUUACACCCUUUGGUCUGCUCUACGUGAUUUUGAAGCACAUGGUCGAUCGGUACAACAUCUACUACGCUUACGUUCCCACCAAGCUCAACCAGAAGAUCCACAGAGCGGCGACCAGCCAGGUCAUCGUGGCUCCAAUCCUCGGCAUGUUCUGGCUGCUCUUCUUCUCCGUGCUCAGAUUAGGUCCAAUACAUCCCAUCACCUUGUUUACAUUAGCAUCGCUCAUCUGCUGUAUUGCCUGCUGUCUUUUCCGUAUAUGGCUUCGCAAAACUCCAGACAAAUCAACAAGCUACCAGAUGUCUGAUCAGCCAGUUGCAGAGACGUUCCCUGAUGCAGACCGGAGCACAGUGACGUCAACCACCACCUCCAGUCUGUUUGUUGCAUCUGUGUUGCUGGAGCCGGAGCUGGCUUUAACUCCGAUGCCUUCUCCAGCUCACCAUGGCUACGGCGCCAUGGCCAGCUCCCAGAGUUCAGGUCACGGACCGGUGGCGGAAGCAGAGGCCGAAGAGGAACACACCCAAAAUCAUGAGACUGAGCUCAGAGAACCUGCAGAUCUCUGCUGCUCCAGCCCGCUCAUGGACAGCCCCACAGGCUACCAGUGACUGCAGCUUCCACUUAAACUAAUUCCCAUGUGUCCUGUAGUGGUGGAGCGCAGAUUAUUCAACGCUGCAUCUUCACCACUGACCUCGGACUCUAAUUUAACCGCGUCAGACACUGAGAUGAGAUAGAUCUUUUGUGAGGGCAUGAAGAAUCUAAAACAAAAGCAGAAUUAUUUAAAACAGAGCACUCAAAAAGAAAACAGCUAGCCAAAACUUUGUCCGAACCUGCUUUGUACACACGUUAAGAUCAAGCUAAUGUACAAAUAACUUAAAAAAACAAACAACCUGAUUCCGUCUCCUACAGUUCAUUUGCAAGUUAAAAAGGUUGAAAGAAGCAGGCUUGGAGAUAAUAUCAGGCAGACGCGCUCCUUGCUGUGCAACUGGAACACGAGUGGAGUUGAAAGUUCCCACCGCAGUGGGUGGUGUGAGCAGGCUUGCCCCGGCAGACUGACAGAGCGGUCCGGCCAUGGGUGAUAUGUGCUUCCUCUGUGAGGCUGAGGCUGAGGGUAGCGAGUUGUGAAGCCAUCUGUCGUGAGAGCGCAGACAGACGGAGGGCAGAGUGGCGCUCUCAGAUGGACUGUAGUAUAUGUACAGUCUCGCCAUAGAGGCAGAAACAGCCUAAGGCUUAUUGUAAUUUAUCUCAACAUGAGGUUGCUAUUUUUGCUACUGUAUUUUGGUGCUGUUCAUGUAAAAGCUUUAUCCUGAAAGGUGGUGGGUACCUGGCUUUCCCUUCUUGAUUAAAAAAACACUUCUUCUGUUUAAACUGUGUACUUACUCAAGUAGUUUUUUAUGCUUUCACUUUCUUGCAGAGAGUUUGGGGAUCAAAUUGUGACUUCCCAAUUAAUUUGAAUAUCAUGAAAAAAGUUAUUUGGCAAAACUUUAUUUACCAUAAAACUGACAUUAGACAGUCAUAAACAUGACAUAGCACCUGUCAUGAACAUGAGUGACUCUUCAUAAAUGUUUAUGUAAAUAAUGACACUUUUAAUGCAAAGCUCCAUUAAAACUUGCAUUUAAAAGUCAGCUUUGCAUUAAAACUGGAACACAAAGUGUCAUUAUUUACCGAAUGACACUUCAUGACAACAGUCGUAAACAUUUAUGAAGUCAUUCAUGUUCUUUACAGGUGUUAUAUCAUGUGUAUGACAGUCUCUUGUCGGUCUUAUGCACACCUUUUCCAGUAAAGAGUUAUUGUUAAUAUUUCAGUAACACAAGUAUAUUGAUACAUUAUACAAAAACCUUUACGUUUCAAGUGUUUAGGUUAUUUUGAUGAAUAAAAUUGUACUAUUUAAGACAUCUUUGUGUAGUGAUUCAUAAAGUACAAACUUUAUGAGCUGCAGAUUUCAAUCAAUGUUGUUUGUCCAGGUUUCUGCUUGCGACAGUUCAUCCUUCCACAACACUUUCCACUGAUAUCUUUUUGUUUUUCAUCCUAUGUGAAUUUUUGUGUAUAGAAUGAAUGAGUUUCACUUUUUGGUACCAAUAACGAAAAGCUAAAUUUUUCAAUGUUCUAAUUUUAAGGAAUGCACCUGGCAUUUAAAGGGAUAAAUACAAAUUGCAUUUGGGUGAGAUUAAUCCAAAGGUUUAUUUAUUUAUGUAUUUUGCUUGUUUUUGUUGCCCCUUGCCCCUUUGUUGUCCUCAUAAUGCAUUAAUUCAUUAUGAGUGAGGAAUGGUGGUUUAGUAUAUUUUACGCGGCCUUGUAUGAUAGACAAUCAAGAAAACUAGACCAGCUCUUAUCCACAAAAGAGGUGAUGUUCUGCACAAGGCUAUUUCCUGGAGGCGAAAUGAGCAAAAUACAGCAGCUUCUGCAUUUAUUGUCUCCCCAGGUAAAGCCUUUUACUGAAGUCAAACACUGAAAAAUUACACUUAGUACACUUAGUCUGGUGAAAAAAAUUCUACGUUAAGAUUUUUUUUCUUCAUUUUUUGUAAAUAACAUCAGUAAUAUCCCAACUUAUCUCACCUAAAAAUCCACCUAAAAUAAAUGAAACUGAAGCAUUUUGUUAUUCAGGGGAUUUUGUAUUUAUUCUACCACCAUACACAUAGAAUUAUGUCCAAAACAUGUUUGCAAGGCAUUCCAGGAAAAAAAAAAUUCUAUCAUCACAAACAAAUGGGUAGAGUUUUGAGUGCAGGUGGUGAAAUAUUACCAAUAUCAAAAACAUCAAUUAUUAAAAAUAAAUAAGUGUACUGAAAAUUUUUCUAAAACAUCUGAGUUCAUACUACUGCAUGUUUUAUUUUGUUUGAGGUUUUUUCCACCUUUUAACCUGGGGUGACAGUAAAUGUGAAGGGUGCUGAAUUUCACAGAAAACAUUUAUAAACAAAAUCAAUCUGUUCUGCUACUAAUUGCUUUAUGUUGUAUGAAUAUAAGCUAAUGCAAGAACUGCAAAACUCAAUAAUUUCCAUGAGAAUUUAUUCGUGUGAAAUGUCUGAAUUCUACCCAUUUCUACAAAUUGUGGUCACAAAUGCCACAUGCAAAGGUUUUCAGAAGAAAUGGAUUUCAUCACCUCUGAAGCUCUCAGAUCGGUUUGUUUGUCUAAACCUGUUUCUUCAAUACCUCUGUGGUACAAUUACUUUGUGUCAUGCUCCAAAUACAAGCAGUAAAAUUUCAACCCAUCCAUGUUGUUCUAUGCUUUCAUUUGCACAGACUUUCUGGCAGACAUCUACAUUUUAUUGCAGAUGCCUGCAGUAAAAUGCAGAUUGGGAUAGAUGACACAAUCUUAAUACCUAAAUUAAUUUCCGCCCCCCCUUUUUUUGUGGGCCUUGUCUCACUUUUUUCUUUUGUUAAUUCAAACCGUGUAAAAAGAAAAAUAAGUCAUUAAAAAUACUUGGAUAAACAUCAGUCAAGGUCUGGUUAAGAGAGACUGCUAUAUUUUUUUUUCAUCAAAGAAUUGACCACUUAUUGAAAUAUUUUUAUGGAGUCUUGAUUUUAUUUAUCUUUCCAGAUAAAAAAAAAAAAAACUUGUUUAUUUUUAUCAUAGAGAUCCUAACAUCUUAAGCCAAAGUCUUUUUCAGAUACAGUACUCUCAAAGUAUUUAUACUCACUUAGUUUUUCAUAUUUUGUCACAUGACAACCACAAAAUUCAACAUCUUUCAGUGAGAGUUUAUGUGAUAGAUCAACUCAAGGUUGUGCAUAGCUGUGGUUUUCAAACCUUUAUGUGAGUUAAAAACUUGAAAACUUUGUCAAGCAUUUGUAUCAGUGCCUAAUAUUAUGUAAAAUCACCUUUUGGUGCAAUUACAGCAGCAGCAAGUCUUGGGAUCUCUUUACCAGGUCUAGAGACUAAAAAACUUGCCCAAAAUAGGUGCAGCCCAGUCAGAUUGGAUGGAGAGCAUCUGUGGACAUCCACUUUCCAAGUCUUGCCAUGAGAUGUAAACUAUGUCAUUCUAGCUAUUACUGUAUAUUUUACUUUACUUUCAUUUUACUUUUUGUUUGUGAAAAAUGUCAAAAUUGUUUAGAUUUUUGUGCUGAUCUAUCACAUCAAAUCCCAGAUUUUGUCAAAAAAUGUGACUAUAAAGUGAUGUAAUGUAAAAAAAAAAAAAAAAAACUAAAGUUUAGCAAUAUGUUGGAAACUUCCUACAUAUUUGAUUGAUUUAGCAGAACUAUUGUUUAUCAAUUUAACUCUUGUUGCUGAGUGAUUUAGCUCAAAAUCCAUUUUGCCAUCUGCUCAGUUGCAUGACAACAUAAGGCAAUUUUAGGUGAAAACUACAGUAAAAUCAUAACGUAUUAUUAACAUAAAAUAAAAUCUAUUCCAUUCUA